AUGGCACAGAAACGUGCUUCAAACGGGGCACGGUUGCUGAAGGAAGAAAGCGAUUUGAUGGUCAUACGCCCGCUUGGCGCGGGACAGGAAGUGGGCCGAUCCUGUAUCAUGCUGGAGUUCAAGGGUAAAAAGAUCAUGCUCGACUGCGGCAUCCAUCCGGGGCUGUCCGGGAUGGAUGCGCUGCCGUUCGUUGAUCUGAUCGAUGCAGAUCAGAUUGAUCUGCUGUUCAUCUCUCACUUCCAUCUGGACCACUGUGGCGCAUUACCAUGGUUUCUGCAGAAGACCUCGUUCAAGGGACGAUGCUUUAUGACUCACGCCACCAAAGCCAUCUACCGAUGGAUGCUGUCCGAUUACAUCAAGGUGAGCAACAUUUCCACCGACCAGAUGCUCUAUACCGAGGCCGACCUGGAAGCCAGCAUGGAAAAGAUUGAAACGAUCAAUUUUCACGAGGAACGCGAUAUUCUGGGUGUACGCUUCUGGGCUUACAAUGCAGGUCAUGUGCUUGGUGCCGCUAUGUUCAUGAUCGAAAUUGCAGGCAUCCGAGUGCUGUACACGGGAGACUUUUCUCGGCAGGAAGAUCGGCAUCUAAUGGCGGCAGAAAUUCCGGCUAUGCGACCGGAUGUGCUCAUCACCGAGUCGACGUACGGUACGCACAUUCACGAGAAGCGAGAGGAUCGAGAAAGCAGAUUCACCUCGUUGGUGCAAAAAAUCGUCACCCAAGGUGGUCGGUGUCUGAUCCCGGUGUUUGCGCUGGGCAGAGCGCAAGAGCUGUUGCUCAUAUUGGAUGAAUAUUGGAGCCAAAAUCCCGAUCUACAGGAAAUUCCAAUUUACUACGCUUCGUCGCUAGCGAAGAAAUGUAUGGCCGUGUACCAAACGUACAUCAAUGCCAUGAACGAUAAGAUCCGGCGCCAGAUUGCCAUCAACAAUCCGUUCGUGUUUCGGUACAUCUCGAAUCUGAAAGGAAUCGAUCACUUUGACGAUGUUGGCCCGUGCGUAGUUAUGGCAUCGCCCGGUAUGAUGCAGAGCGGAUUGUCACGGGAGCUGUUCGAAUCGUGGUGUACGGACCCGAAGAAUGGUGUCAUCAUAGCGGGUUACUGUGUGGAGGGCACGCUUGCCAAAACGAUCCUCUUUGAGCCGGAAGAAAUCACCAGCAUGAAUGGACAAAAGUUGCCCCUCAACAUGUCCGUUGAUUACAUUUCGUUCUCGGCGCACACGGACUAUCAGCAGACGAGCGAAUUUAUUCGCCUUCUCCAACCCACCCACGUGGUUCUCGUGCACGGUGAGCAGAAUGAGAUGGGCCGGUUGAAAUCUGCCCUGAUGCGAGAGUAUGAGGCCAAUCCGAAGGUACAAAUCACGUUCCAUAACCCGCGCAACACACAACCGGUGGAGCUUUACUUCCGGGGUGAGAAAACGGCCAAAGUGAUGGGCACGUUGGCUGUCGGUGAACCAGCCGAUUGUCAGCGGUUGAGUGGAGUGCUGGUGAAGCGCGAGUUUAAGUACCACCUGUUGGCUCCAACUGAUCUCUCCAAGUACACCGACAUGAGCAUGUCGAUCGUCACACAGAAGCAGAGCAUUCAUUGGCCUGGAUCGCCGGUUGUGUUGAAGCUGCUGCUGGAGCGUGCCGGCGGACCGGGAUCCGUUGUUGAACAUGCAGUGGCCGAAGGAAGCACAGCAACGGCCCGGUUACGGGUGUGCGAUUGUAUCGAUCUUACGGCAGACGGCAAGAUCGUUACGCUCGAAUGGCAAGCGACACCGGUGAAUGACAUGUACGCGGACAUGGUGAUGGCAUGCUUGCUGCAGUGUGACAUCGCGGGCAGCAGCGUCAUCGGAACUCGGAUGUCCAAGGUGGAUGAAAAGCAUUACCAGGACUGCUUGAUCGAAACGUUGCAGGAACUGUUCGGGGAACAGUCGAUGGAGAAAUUUAUCGAUUCGGACCGGUUGACAGUGACCGUGCGGGGUAAGCGGAUCGUGAUCAACUUGCAGACACAUGAGGUCGAAUGCGACCAGGACGAGCAGCUGUACCAAACCGUGUACAUGACCGUGCGGAAGCUGCGACAAAGCUUGCUAUUGUAG